GUGUCAUUUGUCCUCAGAAUAGUUGAGACAAUAGGAGAUUAAACAAGUAGCUAAAGAGCUUGCACCUACUGGGACCUCUGACAAAUUAGUCAGGAAAACGAAACUCAAGGGAAUUGGCAGACAGGAAAAAAAAAAGCCAUGGCGAGCAAGAAAGAAGUAGAAGUGGAGUUGGAGGAGAUUGCAACGGCUGAGGAGGAGAAGGAAAACAAGGAAAACAAGGAUGAGGAGAAGCAGGAGACAAAAGCUGACAUCGCCGAGGAAGACGUAGAUGAAGGGAAUGUUUACUCCUCUCUCACUAACCCAUCUGAACAUGUGUAUGGCUUGCCCUCUUCAAACCGCUCUUCUACAGUCAAGAAAGAUGGAUCACUUGAUAUUUACCGGAAGGUUCGCGUUUACCGCAUCAUUUCACUGGUUCUUUUUGUCAUCUGCUUCCUGUUGCUGAUUGUGGUCUUUGUACUGUUAAUUAAGUUGACUGGGACAGGGACUGAGCCAUGUCAGGUGGUAGAGGAGACGAACAGGUCUCCACCAGAACAGGAAUGCAGCAUGAAGAAAUGCCAAGAGGUUUACCAACAACCUUUUGGAGAAACUCAGCAUCUGUGCAGUAAUUGUGCCAAGGGCUGGUUGAGGUUCGAGAAUACUUGUUACUUCCUGUCUCAAACCCGUCUGACCUGGCAGCAGAGCAGGGAGGAAUGCCAGAGGAAGGGAGGAGAUCUUGCCGUCAUUACUAAUCCACGUGUGCAGAUGUAUCUGAGCGGGAAAGGGAAUUUGCACUACUGGAUUGGGCUAACUCAUGUGGGGACAAAUGAAUGGACAUGGAUUAACAACACUGUAUUGACAGUGAGAUAUUGGGAAGAUGAUUCCUCUCCUGGAGAUUGUGCCAUUCUGGCUGCAAAUGAACCACCUGAACGGAGCUGGCGCCCAUCUCACUGCAAGUUAUAUUUACAGUACAUCUGUCAGAAGGUCUAGAUGUCAGAAGAUCAACUACACCAAUCAAAACCAACUAUACAUCUGGAUAUCAUAACUCAACACUUAAUCUAAUCAUC